UUUAGUCAUAAAAUGAGUACAUUGUUUACCAAUGAAAUGAUGAAACACAGCAAUCAAUACAUGGCAUUCAUAAUUGAAGGCAAAGUUCUAUCUGUUUUAGGAAAUUCUUGAAGUGAAAGAGCAUCAUUCACAGCUUAAACAGUGUUGACACUCCUGACAGUCGGUAAUCUGAAAUUUGGACGUUGAGGUAUUAGUGGUUAUAGGUUGGAUAUGUAUUCACUGUCAACAACAACUCCUCCAACAUUGACCGAAAACCAACCUUCGGAGAACUACCCUUCUGAAAACAAUUACGUGAACAGUACGUUAAUGGAAGGUGAUUCUAAACAAAACAGCUCCGAACACACACCAAUCCAAUUUCCUGUAGAUAUCUCCGAAGAAUCACUCCUGCAUGACGCCAGUUUCAUCAUUGCCACUAUUCUUUGCAUUGCUGGAGUUUUGGGAAACAUUGCUACCUUGGUGAUCAUCAUUCUGAAGAAAAAACAUAAAGUACCUACAUACACGGGGAUAUUUUGUUUAUCUCUGGCCGACACUCCAAGCUUGGUCCUUCGGUAUUUCUUAAACUUUCGUAUGAUUUUUGCUAAGAUAGUGUCAUCUGAAUACAUUUUUGCUAUUAGUUUUUUUACGUGCUUCUCAUCAAAUUUCCAUGUCGUCAUAAUUGCGUUUUUACGCUAUAUUUACGUUAGUAAGCCGUUUUACAGCCGUACGUUGACUUGUCGUAGAGUCCUGUAUCUGUCAGCUGGAGUCUGGAUGACUUCCCUUGUUCUGUCGAUUUUGUACACUGUUCAUCUAUAUUUAGUAGAAGAAAAACACAUGUCAUUGUCUCAAAGUUAUAUUGUUGAAGUGAUUUUGCAAUGUUUGCUAUUCCUCGGGUCUAUAAUUCCAGUUAUUAUAUUCCAUAUCCUAAAUAUUGUACAAUUACGUAAGGGUUUAUCAAAAUUUACAGUUUCUUUCUCAAAAUCAAUGUCUACAAUGCUGACUACCGUUGUCGUUAUUUUUGUAUUGGCCAACAUUCCAGCUAUUGUUGUGAAUGCACUGUAUUUCAGAAAUAUACAUUUAAGUGUUGAGAUUAGACCGAUAGUAUAUAUUCCUUUGAUGCUAAACAACAGCGCAAACCCUUUUGUUUAUUUUUUAUUUUCGGAGACGGUUAGAAAGAGGCUACAGGUAUUUGGUUAUUGUAGCUGUUUCCGGAAGUGAAUACAGUACAACAGAAUUCAAAAAUGCAUAGUGUACAUCUCUCGCCAUUAAUUGCUAAGAGAAGGAUCGCAUGUUUACACCCGCAUUUUCUGAAGAAAGUUCGGAUACAUUGCAUAUUGUUCUUACCCUGGACCCUCUCUCCAUCUGUCACUUUCUUCUUCCUCAAGUCCCGUGGGGAUCCGGGUUAGAAUAGGUCUUGAGUAACCCUUGCUUGUCGUAAGAGACGACUAAAUGGGACAGUCCUUCAUAUGAGACCACAAAAACCGAGGUCCCGUGUCACAGCAGGUGUGGCACGAUAAAGGUCCCUCCUUACUCAAUGGCCAUAAGCGCCGAGCACAGGACUAAAUUUUGCAGCCCUUCACCGGCAAUGGUGACGUCUACAUAUGAGUGAACAUUUCUCAUGUAGGAGGUUAAACAACAUACGAUCAACUGAUCUUCUUCCUUAAUUUCCUCCUUUAUCUUAAGCAGUAACCAAUUCAUUUUUUCGAUUAUGAUAGGUGGUGUCCUGAAGGUUUGUAAGAGGGUUUUGUAAUAUUUAAUUUUACCCUGGGGCAAAAAUCUGGUUCCUAGAACUUUUCGUACAGUUUACGCAAUAGUCAAAUCAUCGUUUGGAAGAUGAUUGGGGAUAUACUCGGGAAAAAAACCUGGUUCCCAGAACUACUCCUAUAAUCUGUGCAGUUGCGAAAUAAUCUUUGGGAAAAUUAUUGGUGGUUUACUUUGGGUGUGCAAUCAGUUUUCGGAAUCUUCAUUCUGAUCAUCGGGAUUAAGAAUCGGCGUUAUUUCGACAAAAACCCUAAUUCCCAGAACUUCUCUUACAUUCUACGCAGUUACCAAAUCAUAAUUUGGAAGGUACUUGGUUGUGCACUAUAAAUAUGCAAUGAGAUUUCGGAAUUUUUAUUUUUACCCUUGGGGCCAAUUAGAGGUUGAAAAACGUUUUUCUAUAGAGGGGCAAUUGGCAUGGAAAACGUCGAAUAAAAACCUGGUACUCAGUGCAAUGUGUGAUCUGCACCAAGAGUAUAUUCGAUUUUAGGGUUGGAAUCUUAACCAUUUCAAAGAUAUUUUAACAAUAAAAAAUGGUGGGGGUUGGGAUUACCCCAGGGCACCUGUCCAUCAGAAAAAUUCAUGCAUCUUGAUAUGUGCAGCGGGAAUAUGUAUGGUUAAGGAGUCAAGACCUCCGUUGUUUUAAAAAAUAUUUCAACAGUAUAGGAUAUGAAAAUGUGAAGAUGACGAACAGUAAUCAAUCUAAUAACUCUGAUAAGGAGUACAAAAUUAAGAGUUGGACAAACACGGACCUCUGGAUAUACUAGAGGUGGGAUCAGGUGCCUAGGAGGACUAAUCUCCUGGUGACCGGUCACACAGGCUGUAGGUCCUGUAUCUUGAUCAGGUAAACGGAGAAAUCCACAGCCAAAAUCAGCGCGCAGAGAACGGCCCAACAAUCUUUAUGAAAUACGGCAAACUAUCUAAGUACGAAGCAGAAGAAGAGUCAGUGGUGUCUUUUAUUUUGAGUUGCCCAGGAUAGUGAAUCCACAUAUGAAUGAAAAUGAUUAUUGUUCAUAGAUAAACCGUCGUCGAUAUAUCAAAUGUCGAAUUGAAGGCUAUAGCUAGAGAUUAUUGAGUAAACAUUGUGGUUCCCAUGUUACACAGGUACGACGGGGACUAUGUCUAAAGAUAAACAUUUGUGUGCGAGUAGUGCUGUCUUUUAACAGCAUCUAGUUUAAAAUCACUUUACUAAAAUGUUUAAAUUGGUGUGUUUUCCAUGAUGAUAUUAUGUACAUUUAACAAAAUUAGUAUCUAUUUUAACUUGACAUUGUUGUGUUCAAUGUUAAAUAGAGGUAUAUCAGUUGUCAAUAGAUGUAUACUUAAAUGAUAUGUGUAGUGAAAAAUUGUUUGUUACAUAUAGAUAUGAAUCUGAGAGGACAUGAUCAAGGGUCAUGGAUGGUAUUCCCUCCAAAUCAUGCCGCCAGUUCCUUAAGCUCCAAUUUACAAACAAAUCAUUAGAUGUCGUCAACAUAAGCAACAUUCAUAAAAGAGUUGAGUCGUGUAUUCCAACUUAUUUCAAGUUGAAGUCUACACCCAGUAUUUCUUACAAAUAUACUUCUACUAUUGCAUCCAAACUUUUCAAUUAUAAACCAACUUUGCCGUGCCUAGGUAUAAACCAUCUUAUACUUAGUCUACCCACUAUACGUGUUCUUCUUCAUCUUCUUUCAACAUGGACAUGUCAUUACUGGUGGUGAUCCACGACCCGUACUGGUUUAAAGAGCCUGUGAUUGGCAACAUCCAUAAUCACAGAGUUCAGUCAAAAUUCAGUUGUUGAAAAACCCAAGUAUAGACUAGUUGUGACUUCUUCA